AUGGCCGGCGGAAGACCAUGUUUGUUGUUUGGUGUCGCUUGUCCAGCUCUUUGCAUCCCGUCGACACCUCCGGUGGUGGUCACGAACUGGAGAAGUCUCCGCUACGUCGCGCCGUACCUCUUUACGUACCGUGUCAACGUGAAAGAGCGCUGGCUCGGAACGACUCUGACCGAUGUCUUCACGAAAGAGUUCUAUGGAACGAGAGAGUUCUGGGCGAACCAAAUGAAGCACGGGAGGCUCCUGGUCAACGGAGCGUCAAUUGCGGCAGACUACGUGCUGCAGCCGGCUGACACAAUCCUGAAUACGGUACACUUUCACGAGGCGCCGGUUUCAGCCACUGAUGUACCACGAGUCAUCGACGAGCAACCGGACUGGGUUGCGGUUUACAAACCUGCUGGCAUACCCACACACGUCAGUGGUCAAUUCCGGUACCAUUCCUUGACAGCAUGGCUGAGCCGUCUCCUGAGCGAGCACCACCAACGCACAGCGCCGGCCCUGUACACCCUCUACCGCCUCGAUCGAGUGACAUCCGGAGUCGUGGUAUUUGCCAAGAACGUCGAGCUCGCGCGACGAUGGCAUCAGCAUGCCUCGGGAGGCAACCGGUCUGUGCCACGCCAUCGUAAGGUCUAUCUGGCGCGCCUUCAGGGCCGCUUUCGCGAAGCACUUACCUGCAGAGUGCCGCUGCGCCUCGAUCGAGGCGAACAAGGAUAUGCUCGUUCGUUCCCCGAUUUCCAAUCAGGGAAGGCUUCCAUCACACUGUUCAAGCCUCUGGGCUAUGAUACGCGAACGGACACGAGCCUCGUGGAGUGUGUACCUGUCACCGGACGUACACAUCAGAUCCGGGCGCACGCUGCGUUCCUCGGUCAUCCGGUGGCGAACGAUGCGCUCUAUGGAGGCACGCUCGCUGCAGAUGAAUACACCACGGUCGUUGCCGAUGCUAUCGCCGGCAUGUUGGGCACUGGGGAGUCGAGAUCAUCGGCAGAGCCGACGCUGAUGCAGCUCUUUCCCGAUUUGCAGGUCGCAGAUCCACUCUGUCAUCACUGUCCGUACGCUGCGCCUGUUCGGUGGCGCGAGGACCCGCUCUAUCGGCAGCUGGGCAUCUGGUUGCACGCGCUCUCCUACCGCUAUGAUGAUGAUGAUAACGCGCCGACAGCUCGCUUUAGUUGGCAUGCCCAGACCGAGUGGCCAUCUUGGGCUCAGAACUGCGCUUUAGAAACCGAUCUCGCCUGA